UCUCUUCCUAUGCGGUCAAUGGCUUUCUGGAAGUAUUUUAUUUGAAUGUCUGGGCGAUAUACGUGACCAAUAAUGGAUAUUCUAUGGAUAUUAUGGACCAUACCGGCCGUAAUAGCUGUUGAAGAGACACUUAUGGACUCUACUACAGCCACAGCGGAGCUCGGCUGGACGGUCUACCCCGUGUCAGGAUCAAGUGACAAUAGCUGGGAGGAGGUGAGCGGUUAUGAUGAAAACAUGAACACCAUUCGGACGUACCAGGUCUGCAAUGUUUUCGACAACAAUCAGAACAACUGGGUACGGACAAAGUACAUCCGGCGCCGUGGUGCCCAGCGGAUCCAUGUGGAGAUGAAGUUCUCGGUGAGGGACUGCAGUAGCAUUCCCAACGUGCCGGGCUCUUGUAAAGAGACUUUUAACCUCUAUUACUAUGAAUCUGAUGCCGACACAGCCACCAGAACCUCACCAGCCUGGAUGGAGAACCCCUGGAUCAAAGUUGACACCAUUGCAGCAGAUGAGAGCUUCUCCCAAGUGGACCUAGGGGGCAGAGUGAUGAAGAUCAACACUGAGGUUCGGAGUUUCGGCCCUGUGUCACGGAAUGGCUUCUACCUUGCCUUUCAGGACUAUGGCGGCUGUAUGUCGCUCAUCGCUGUUCGUGUCUUUUACCGGAAGUGCCCUCGUAUCAUCACUAACGGGGCAUUGUUCCAGGAGACACUCUCAGGAGCAGAGAGCACCUCCCUGGUGGCUGCAAGAGGUGUUUGCAUCCCUAAUGCAGAGGAGGUGGAUGUGCCCAUUAAGCUGUACUGCAAUGGAGAUGGAGAAUGGAUGGUGCCCAUUGGACGCUGUAUGUGCAAGGCUGGGAACGAGGCUGUGGAGAAUGGGACUGUUUGUCGAGCCUGCCCGUCAAGCUUUUUCAAGCCGACUCAAGGAGAUGAACCCUGUAUGCAGUGUCCCAUCAACAGCCGUACCACCAGUGAAGGCGCCAUUAACUGCGUUUGCCGCAACGGAUACUACCGAACCGACUCAGAUCCUCUCCAGAUGCCGUGCACAACCGUCCCUUCAGCUCCACAGACUGUUAUCUCCAGCGUGAAUGAAACCUCUGUGAUGCUGGAGUGGAUGCCUCCUCGGGAUUCGGGGGGCCGCGAGGACGUAGUCUUCAACAUCAUCUGCAAGAGCUGUGGCGGAGGCCGGGGAGGCUGCACCCGCUGUGGGGACAACGUUCAGUUUUUGCCCCGUCAGCUGGGCCUUACAGAAUCCCGGGUCUACAUUAGUGACCUGCUGGCCCACACGCAGUACACGUUUGAGGUGCAGGCUGUCAACGGGGUGUCAGAUCAGAGCCCUUACUCCCCUCAGUAUGCCUCAGUCAACAUUACCACUAACCAGGCUGCUCCAUCUACAGUAUCAAUAAUGCACCAGGUCAGUCGUACUGUGGACAGCAUCACCCUCUCCUGGUCCCAGCCUGACCAGCCUAAUGGAGUCAUUUUGGACUAUGAGCUACAGUAUUAUGAAAAGGACCAAUCAGAAUAUAAUUCUACGACCAUCAGGAGCCAGACCAACACAGUGGUCAUACGUGGCCUCAAAUCAGGAAGCAUCUACGUAUUCCAGGUCCGGGCCCGCACCGUAGCUGGAUUUGGACGCUACAGUGGCAAACUGUACUUCCAGACCAUGACUGAGGAGGAAUACAAUACCAGUAUUCAGGAGAAGCUGCCUCUCAUCAUUGGCUCGGCAGCCGCUGGCUUGGUCUUCCUCAUUGCUGUGGUCGUCAUCAUCAUCGUCUGUAACCGGAGGCGUGGCUUUGAAAGGGCUGAUUCAGAAUACACUGACAAACUGCAGCACUACACCAGCGGCCACAUGACUCCAGGAAUGAAGAUUUAUAUUGAUCCAUUCACAUAUGAGGACCCCAACGAGGCUGUGAAAGAGUUUGCCAAGGAGAUUGAUAUAUCCUGUGUGAAGAUUGAACAGGUCAUUGGUGCAGGAGAGUUUGGAGAGGUGUGCAGCGGCAACCUAAAGCUACCAGGUAAAAGGGAGAUGUUUGUGGCCAUAAAAACUCUGAAGUCUGGCUACACAGAAAAGCAAAGGCGGGACUUCCUUAGUGAGGCCAGCAUCAUGGGCCAGUUUGACCAUCCUAACGUCAUUCACCUGGAGGGCGUGGUCACCAAGAGCAGUCCAGUCAUGAUCAUUACUGAGUUCAUGGAGAAUGGAUCUCUGGACUCCUUCCUCAGACAAAACGAUGGGCAGUUUACGGUGAUCCAGCUCGUUGGUAUGCUACGAGGCAUUGCCUCAGGCAUGAAAUACCUGGCCGACAUGAACUAUGUGCACCGCGACCUUGCUGCCCGAAACAUCCUGGUCAACAGCAACCUUGUGUGCAAAGUGUCAGACUUCGGUCUCUCGCGCUUCCUGGAGGAUGAUACAUCAGACCCCACGUACACGAGUGCUCUGGGAGGGAAGAUUCCUAUCCGAUGGACUGCACCUGAAGCUAUCCAGUACAGGAAGUUCACCUCUGCUAGUGAUGUGUGGAGCUACGGAAUCGUCAUGUGGGAAGUCAUGUCCUAUGGAGAGAGGCCUUACUGGGACAUGACCAAUCAAGAUGUCAUCAAUGCCAUAGAGCAGGACUACCGGCUGCCCCCACCCAUGGACUGUCCCAGUGCGCUGCACCAGCUCAUGCUAGACUGCUGGCAAAAGGACCGCAACAACAGGCCCAAGUUCAGUCAGAUCGUCAACAACCUCGACAAGAUGAUCCGCAAUCCCAACACGUUAAAGGCCAUGACUCCGUUAUCUUCAGGUGUUCAUCUCCCCCUCCUGGACCGCAGCAUCCCAGACUUCUCCAGCUUCAGCACUGUGGAUGAGUGGCUGGAUGCCAUCAAGAUGGGCCAGUACAAAGACAAUUUUGCCAACGCUGACUACACUACAUUUGAUGUGGUAUCCCAGAUGACCAUGGAGGACAUCCUGAGGGUGGGUGUGACAUUAGCAGGCCAUCAAAAGAAGAUCCUCAACAGCGUCCAGAUGAUGCGGGCACAGAUGAACCAGAUUCAGUCAGUGGAGGUUUGACCCUCCCGAGCGGAACAGAGGAGGGGAAAAAAGGCAUUUGGGAUGCAGGGUUCAGGGUGAGGAGGAUGGAGUGGAUGUUUCUUUUUUUUUUUUUUUUACAUUACAGUGUGUCUGGUCUUCCCCCCAGACUACCAUUCUUCCCCGUUCUCCUCUCCACUUCCUUCUUUCCUCCUCUUAUUCCCUCACCCUGACUCUCCCUCCAACCUUGGGAUCAGCUGUGGAGAGUUAUGGAAGCAAAAAGUCCAUGUGAUGAGACAUCAGAAGGCCCAAAGCCAACCCACAUUUGGAUCUAGAAACAUGGGAGGUUAGAAGCGACCAGCAACACAUUUUUCAAUCUUCCACCAAUUUUUAUUUGAUGUUGAACAUUUUUCUUGGUUUGUUUGUUCUGAUAAUUUUGUAAAGAAUUUUGUAAAGACAAAAAAAAGAAAAACUGAGAAAAGGCAAGGAGUUUAUCUAAAUUUAUAGAUGAUAUAAGGUUGUACAUUAGACAAACUGAGUAGGAAAGCUACCCUUUAAAAGGGCAAAAAAAAAAAGAAAACAAGGAAGGGUUAAGGAGACGAGGCCAUCCUCUACAAGGUGUGGAUAUUGUCUUUGCCAUUUUUAAUUUUGGACAUCAUAAGGAAACACAGAGUUCUCUGUGGCCUUCUGAAAGGCAAACUGCAGAAGAGACUGAGGGACCCAACGUGCACUCCCAACUGUUUUCCCAGGAAAGAAAAUAAACAAAAAAAACAUGAAAUGGACAAUGUUUGGCAUAAACUGAUGUCAAAAACACAUUCAUUCAGACUGUCAAUUCACACCGUGAAAUCCACACUCAAGAAAAAGAAAACUUUUUUUUCUCAUUGCAAGUAAUUUUCUAUAUUGUGUGAAAUUUUGUGAUGAAGAUCCCGUCUCACCAUGCUUCCUCUCACUAUAGACAAAAUGACAAGUUUCUUUUUUUUUCUUUCACAGCGAAAUACUCACAGCUUGCCAAAUAGAACUCUUCCCUUUUUGCACCCCAAUCAUAAUCCUGUACUGUACAUAUCAGAUGCACUUGACCUGCCACAACGCGAUGACUCAGAAACAAUUAUAAUCAAUUAGUUCAGGAGCAGAAGAACUGACCACAGGGAGGAUUUAAGUUGUUGUCACCAUAAUUUUUUCCCCUUGGCCUAUGAAAAAAUAGCUUAAGGAGUAAAACAACAGCAACCAACUUCCUACAUAAAUUCACACAAAAAGAAACAGGUUCUACUGUUUAUAUCAGAGCCCACAUACAUUCAGUAUGUGCUGUUAUAGCAUCCUCCUUCACGUUGUUCAUCUCCAAUGCCGUCUGUGCACAUGUUGCACAUGCAUCCCACAAGAAACAGUGGCUCCUGAAGUGUCGGAACUCGUGUUUGAUAGCAUGCUGAGUGAGUGGUUAAUUUCACAGUGCUUUGAUUUGCUGCAAUUACUAGAACUCUGCUUGGUAAGAGCUUGGAUUUGACACACUUUACAGAGUAUAAUGUGGCUGCAUUAUAUUCAGUGGCUUUUUCUUCCAGUUUUCCUUUUGAAAAGAGAUUUUAUGUUUAAAAUAUUAAAGUUUUGAUACCAUACAUGGUUAUUUUACACACACAGUCAUGAAUAGACUACAAUCAGGCAUUUGUUGAAUUUAAAACAAAAAUGCAAUGUGUUAUAUUUUUGCAAUUUCUGUAUGGAUAUUAUUGAAUUGUUAUUAUUAUUACUUUUAGGGUUUUUGUCUGCACUGAGUCUCCUGUUUGACUCCAAGAAACACUCUGGAUCUUCCAUCAAUGCUUAUGAAUUUAUUUUGACUCAUGGAUUAUGUUGGUGCACAAAACCGUGUAGAUAAAACAGCAUUUCCCUGUAACAGGUUUAUUUUAUAGACAGUAUAUGCAUUAUUGUAUGGCUUCCUGUGAACAAUACUGUCUUAUGAGUACACAGCUGUCAACCAUU